UUCUUCUUCUCUUCCUUUCCUUCUCAUCAACAUCCGUCAAGUUGACAAGAAACAGGCCGUUAAGCUAGCCGUGGCAGACAUCUUGUUUGCGUCCUUUCGUUGAGUCGCUUGACAGUCACAUUCAUUACGGUUUCGGCCACUUUACGAUCUUUACAUAUCAAAAAAUCACUUAAUAUAAUUCAAGAUGCAGUUAAAAAACUCAGUAUUAGCCGUCGCUCUUUCGGCUUCGUCAGCUUUGGCUACGUACACAAAAGACUACAAACUUAACACUUACUGGGGACAAUCAGGACCCAGCACUGAUUUCUUGGGGACUCACUGUGAAUCUGAUAGCGUCGACUUUGUUACUCUGGCGUUUGUGAAUAACUCGCCAGCAAAUGGAAAUGGAACCGACUACCCGGGGACGAACUUUGCUGCUCACUGUGCCGCGGAGGUUUACGUGAACAAUGACCGAAACUCCAAGCUUCUCAGCAGCUGUUAUUUUAUCAAGGAUGAUAUCAAGAAGUGCCAGAGCCUCGGAAAGAAGGUUCUGCUAUCUAUUGGAGGAGAAUACACUACCGCCAGUGACUAUUCGCUCGGAUCUGUCCAGGAGGGUAUCGACUUUGCCAACUUUCUUUACAAGGCCUUUGGCCCCUAUAAGUCGGGUUACACAGGACCCCGACCUUUCGACCCGAGCAGCACGGUGCAUACCUCUGUCGAUGGUUUUGACUUCGAUAUCGAGGUGAAGUUCGAUGACCAACAACCGUAUAUCAGCCUGGUUAACCAUCUCCGCGAUCUCAUCACGGCCGACAACGCGGGCCUGAUCCUCACCGCUGCUCCCCAGUGCCCCCAGAUCGGGGACUACUUCCAGAUGAAGGAUAUCCUGCAACAGGCCCGAUUCGACAAGAUCUGGGUCCAGUUCUACAACAACCCGCUUUGCGAUGCCGCGGGUCUCGGCUUCAACUACGACGACUGGGAGGAUUUCAUCACCGGGGGUGUCAACGACGCCGCCGAGCUCUUCAUCGGACUUCCCGGUAGCAUCGAUGCUGUUGGUCUGUUCGGUAGUGGCUACGUUCUCCCCUCCGUGGCGCAGAACCUGAUCUGCGCGUAUAAGAAUAAGCCGCACUUUGGCGGUGCCAUGUUGUGGGACGCUUACUACGCUUCUGCUAACCAGAACCUUGCGGGGAAGAACUACUACGACUCGAUUGCUGAAGUGUUAAAAUGUGGUGGCUGCGAGGAUGAUGUUUGCGCGCCGGUUCAGACUAGCAGCUCGGUUGUAGCUUCAUCGACGACCACUUCGUCUACCGCCUCAUCUACUUCUUCGACCCUUAGUGCUACGUCAACCUCCAGCUCCACCAUAAGCUCGGAGACCUCUUCAUCGACAUCUUCGUCUACGAGCUCAUCCGCAAGCUCCUCCGCCGAGUCUUCUACCACCAGCUCGUUUACCUCCGCUUCCGCCUCCACCUCGAGCGCCACCGAAAGCUCUACUUUGAGCGCAACGGAAAGUUCUAGCUCCACUUCGACCGCCACAGAGAGCGCGUCCACUUCUUCAAUUGCAAGCUCCUCCACGUCGAGCGACGUAACAAGCACAAGCAGCAGCGCUUCUGCUACGUCUAGCAAUGCUUCUACCUCCGCUUCUGUCGACCCUACGAGCAGCGCUAUCGUUUCCGUUUCUAUUUCCGUCUCUAUCCCGGUUGACCCCUCAACCAGCGUGACCGCAUCGAGCACGAUCUCUAGCAGCAGCAGCAGCUCUUCUGCCUCCAGCUCUUCUGCUACCUCUAGCAGUGGUGCUUCUACCUCCAGCAGCGCUUCUACUUCCGCCCCUAUCGAUCCCUCAAGCAGUGCCUCUGCCUCUGCCUCUGCUUCUGCUUCUGCCGAUCCUUCGAGCAGUGUUUCCGCUUCUACCUCUGCUAUCGUGACUGUGUCCGUUUCCGUCUCUAUCACACUCGAUCCCUCAACCAGCGUGACCGCAUCAAGCACUAUCUCCAGCAGUGUUUCCACUUCGACUAUUGGUUCCUACAUCAUUAGCUCCAGCAGCUCAGAAGCCGUCAGCGACAGCACCGCAAGCUCCUCUUCCACGAGCUCUUCUACCGCAUCGUUUACUUCCAGCUCUGCGACAACGACCACCGAGUCCUCUACCAGCUCGCUGAUUACAAGCACCAGCAGCAGCGCUGUUUCGUCAAUCACCACCGCUUCCAGCUCCACCUACAGCAUCUCGACAACAACAUCGUCCGACGACGACGACGAGGACUGCACUGAUGAUGAGCGCUCGACCUCGUUCGUGGCGUCUUCGACCGUCAGCGUAUCAGCUUCCACCACCGCAUCGCAGAGCGCUACCGCAUCUCAAACCGCUACCGCAUCCCAAAGCGCCACCGAGUCCCAGAGCGCUACUGUCUCACAGAGCAGUGCCCUAACUCUCAGCAGCAGCAGCAGCAGCAGCGACAGCUACCCGACUCUAACUCAAUCCUCCUCAAGCGCCAUCACCACCUCCUCGGCCCACCCCACCACCAACACCACCAUCGCCUCGACGCCCGUGCAGUACACGACCAGCACCGUGAUGACGACAAAGGUCUACACCGUCACCUCGUGCGCCGCCACCGUGACCAACUGCCCGGCCCGCGGCGCUGUUGUCACCGAGACGAUCGCGCUCUACACCACCGUGUGCCCCGUGACCGCGACCCAGAAGUCGACUAUCACGAUUCCUACGAGCGGCGCGGUUUCCGGCACGAAGAAGACGGGGUUGACUGUCACUGCGACUGCUCCUGCUACUGUGUCUGUGUCUGUGUCUGUAGGCAAUGGAAACGGAAACGGAAACGGUGAGACCACCAUCGCAACUUCGUACCCGAUCGCCAACACCGGCAAGACAACUGCAACGGGAUCUACCGCUACUACCACCACCGUCCCUGCCGGUAACGGUAACGGUAACGGUAGCGGCAGCGGCAGCAGCGCGACCACAUCCGCCGCAGUCAAACCUACGCACCCUACCCACCCCAUCGGCAACGGUGGCAGCGAGCACCAAGUCUCGGUCUCCGAAUCCGCACCCGUAUCAGCCGCCACGGCGCCCAGCUACCUCGCUGGCUCCAGCAGCAGCAGCAGCACCGCGAACAUCGUUGCCACCACCAUGACCUACGCGCUGUACCCCACCGGUGGCAACAACAACAACAACAGCAGCAACACCAGUGCUACUGGAACGGGAUACCCGAUUGCGCCUGUGCCGACGAAGACGGCGGGCAGUGGAAGUGGGAGCACGGCGAUCACGUGCAACGGCAAGGACUGCACCGCGGCGUCCCCGACGGCGUCGGCGGUUAUUGUGACGGCGGGCGUGGGGAAGAUGGCUUCUUCUUUUGGGUUGGUGGUUGCUGGGUUGGCUUUGGUGAUGUAAAUGUAAGGGGGGGGAAUGGUUCUGUUGAAUAUUAUGAGGAGGGGGUGUGGGAUGGAUGAAUUGGAUUGGAUUGGAUGGGAGGAAAGGGGAAGAAAAGAUACUUGGCCUUGUUCUGCAGUUAUUACUAUCUACUAU